AUGUUGCACAUCUCUCUCGGCGAAUCCCUCCAGCACCCUGGCAUCCGGCUUGCCAUCAAUUUCAUCCUCGCUAUUACUGCGAUCGCUUUGGUCCGAAGGAUUGGGAGCAUAUGCUUGGCAAAGUAUCGACUGCAGGCACUCCCGUUGGUCAAUGGGCAUGGCCUAUUCGAGUCUGGCAAAAGAUCGAAAGAAAACUUUUUUCUCAACGCCCAGAGUUUGUUGGAUGAUGGAUACGCAAAGUCCUCCAAGGCCUUCCGGGUACAGACAGACAACUCGCAGGUGGUGGUAUUGGCACCUGAAUGUGUAAGCGAGAUUCGGAACGACAAUCGCUUCGAUUUCACUCAGCUUCUAGCAGAUGACUUUCUCGGGCACAUUCCUGCCUUUACCAACUUUAGUCCGCACAAUGGCCUGAACGACAUGGCAAAAGAGGUCUUGACAAAAAAGCUUAACCCGUCUCUUGGCCUUGUUACCAAAGAUGUUUCAACCGAGGCAACAGUAGCAUUCCUCGACCACUGGACGGAUGACAAAGAAUGGCACUCAAUCAAUAUAAAGGGAACUAUCCUCGAGAUUGUAGCACAGUUAUCCUCUCGAGUCUUCCUCGGGCCGGAGCUGUGUCGGAACCCUGCCUGGCUGAGAAUCACAGUUGACUACACCACCAACCUGUUUUUCGGGGUCGAGGCACUGAAGAAAUGGCAUAGCUUUCUCCGUCCUAUCGUGUGGCGCUUCGUUCCGGAGGUUCGAAAGGUGCGCCAGCAGAUUGAAGAGGCGAUACGCCUCAUCCAGCCCGUUGUGGAUAAGAGGACUGCCGAGUCUAGAUCCUCAGCCGCCUCCUCGAAUAAGGUGAAGUAUAGUGACGCUGUUCAAUGGGCUCACGAACUGGCCGGUGGUAGGCCUUAUCAUCCGGCAUUACUACAACUUGGAUUCUCAUUGGCAGCGAUUCAUACGACAACCGACCAACUUUGCCAGACUCUUUACGACUUGUGUGCGUACCCGGAGUAUAUAGAACCUCUUCGACAUGAGUUGGUUACCGUUCUGAAGGAGAGCGGCAUGACCAAAGCUGGACUGUACAAACUGAAGCUCAUGGACAGUUUUAUGAAAGAAAGCCAGCGAUUGAAGCCCGGAGCUUCGCUCUUAAUGCGACGUUUGGUAAUGGAGGAUGUUACUCUUUCCAACGGCGUCUUUCUACCCCGAGGGAUACAAGUUGGCUUCCCAUUGCGCUCGCAUUUCGACCCAAAAGCCUACCCUGAGCCCGAUGUGUUUGAUGGAUACCGCUUUGUGAAGAUGGCAGGUGAUCCUGACAGGGAGAUGUUGCGCCACUUUGUGUCCACAAGUCCCGAGCAUUUGGCUUUUGGUUUUGGGAAACACUCUUGUCCAGGGCGCUUCUUUGCAGCCAUUGAAGUCAAGAUUGCGCUCUGCCACAUCUUGCUCAAGUACGACUUUAAGCUAGCAGAGGGGACCACUCCCACUAUCAUGAGAAUGGGUUGGGCUCUAGUUGCAGACCCUAUGGCACAAUUCGUUAUUAAACGGCGCGAGAGUAUCGACGAAGAUAUUCUUCUUGCCUAG